GACAACAGAUUAUAGAUUACCGGCACACGGCGCGGAGCCGACGGAUCUGUGCGUGCGCGCGACACUGCAACCUGAAACAUCGACUUUGUGUGUAUGCAUGUGUGUGACAGAGGAAAAGCGAUGAGGACGAUGUUAACGUUGGCAAGGAAACUGACCGUUUACAAAUAACCCUAAGUGCUUAUAACGAAGGUGAAGGGCUAGAUACAUGCAUAGCGUGAAGCAUACACUGUGAUUGUAUAAAUAUUAUUACAGUAUUACACGAUUAUUUAUAAUACAUAACAAAGGACCUACGCGUGUUUAGCCGAGAACGUCGCCCCUGGCCCCGGGAUUAUCACAGGCUGUUCAGGAGUGUCAGUUCUUGUUUGUUAAAUAAACCCAACACAACGAGGACAUCAUAGUAUUGAUCAGAAAUAUUGGAUUCCAACAGUAUGACGUUCUAGAGACAAGCGCCAUGCCAUCAACAUCACCAUCUCACGGGGAUUCCGGCCCAGGGGACAACUGACACGGCGACCUAGUGGGGCUCCAUCUUCUGAUUCAGAUUUUGAUCUCAUCCUGUGGUGAUGGAAGAGAAACCAAGCAUGGAACCUCUGACAGAGGAGAGAGUGGAACAUUUCCUCAUGAACCAUGAAGACUUUUUGGCAAAGUUUUAUGAAAAGCAUGGUUCUAAAGAAAUGAUUGAAAAAAUGACGGGGAAGAAGUCAUUAGAUGUUAAAAAUAUCACCAUUGUGAAAUCUGAUACUUUUGCUGCAGAAUGUCCCAUGGAACAUGUUAAAAGAAAAUCUGUAGCACCUGCAGGUCCAGGUAAACCUCUGGGUGGUUACCAGUCAGCACAAAGGAACUCUGUUACAACUAGUAUGUUCAAACAGUAUGUAGAGGGACAAAUGAAAAAGAUGAAGAAAGCUUCAUUGGUUCAAAACAUUGUCAGUUUGCGUAAGUUAAAUGAGCAAGAGCUAUUUAUGGAACUCAUUCGAGAUAUUGCUACAGAACUGGAUGUCAAUGUGCUGUGUCAUAAAAUAUUACAGAAUGUUAGUAUAUUGACUAAAAGUGACCGCGGAAGUCUGUUUCUGGUAAGAGGCAACGAACAAAGGAAGUAUCUUGUGUCCAAACUUUUUGAUGUCACCAGAACUUCUACCCCAGAAGAGUCCAUUCAUACAGAAGAAAAUGAGAUAAAAGUGCCAUUUGGAAGGGGAAUAGCAGGUCAUGUUGCUGAAACAAAAGGAACCAUCAAUAUCAAGGAAGCUUAUGACGAUCCAAGAUUUAAUCAAGACGUUGACAAGAAGACAGGCUACAGAACACACAGUAUACUUUGUAUGCCGAUCCUCAGCUACGAUGAUGAGCUUGUUGGUGUUGCGCAAAUCAUCAACAAAGUUGAAGGGCCACAUGAGUUUACCAAACAGGAUGAAGAGUACUUCCGGAGGUACUUGAUUUUCUGUGGAAUUGGCAUUACAAAUGCCCAGCUGUUUGAAAUGUCAGUACAGGAGUACAAGCGAAACCAGUUACUGCUCAAUUUGGCCAGAGGAGUGUUUGAGGAACAAACAAGCCUUGAGAAACUUCUUCAGAAGAUUAUCCUACAGUCCCAGGACCUUCUCAAGUGUGAGCGGUGCCUGGUCUAUUUACUGGACGAUGUCCUCGAUAAGAACGUUCUCACAGGCUUGUUUGCCAAGGUUAUGGAGAAAUACAUUAAUCACAAACAACUGCAGUGGGCUUUCAAUAAGGAUGCAGAUAGUCCAAAAGAAGAUUAUAAAAGGCCCACCAGUACAAAGGAAGUUGUUUUUUGCAAAGCAUUUGAUCUGUGUGCCAAGGAUGGUGGGACUAUCCAUGUACCGAGUGUUGCCAGUUUAUCAAAAUCCAAAAAUGCUGAAAUUGCCCGCCAUGUGGUGGUUCAAGGAAUGCCUCUCAACAUUGGCGAUAUGGAUGAAAGUACAACUUUUGGGAAAGGACCUCACAUUGACGAAGAUGGUUUUAGGAGUAAGAGUAUGCUGUGCAUGCCAAUCUAUAACAGUGACAAGAAGAUCAUUGGGGUGACUCAGCUCAUAAACAAAAUCAAUGGCCAAGCCUUCAUCGAAAGUGAUGCUAACAUCAUUGAGGCUUUCUCUAUCUUUACUGGACUGGGGAUCCACAAUUGUCAGAUGUAUGAGAAUGCUUGUAAACUAAUGGCAAAACAGAGUGUGGCGCUGGAAGUGCUGUCAUAUCAUGCCACGGCUCAGGCGUCAGAGAUUGAUGAGUUGCUGACAUGUGAAAUCCCAUCUGCAGAGAAGAUCAAUUUGUAUUCGUUUGGCUUCAAUGAUAUACCCAUGCCCGAUGAUGAUACUGUUAAGGCUGUGGUAUGCAUGUUCCAAGAAGCUGAUCUUUUCAACAAGUUUAGAAUACCAUAUGAUGUUCUUUGUCGGUGGGCGACCAGCGUUAAAAAGAACUACAGACCUGUAACUUACCACAAUUGGAGACAUGCAUUCAAUGUUGCUCAGACCAUGUUCACCAUGAUAUAUACUGGAGGAUUGAAGCCAAUGUUUAAAGACAUAGAAGUAUUGACGUUACUGGUCGGCUGUCUCUGUCAUGAUCUGGAUCACAGGGGAACCAACAACGCUUUCCAAGUGAAGGUUGUCUCCCCCUUGGCUAUGUUGUACAGUACAUCUGUAAUGGAACAUCACCAUUUUGACCACUGCAUUAUGAUCCUUAACAGUGAGGGGAACAACAUCUUCCAGUCUUUGUCAUCAGAGGAGUACAGAACUGUAAUCAAGAUGUUGGAGCAUGCCAUCCUCUCCACAGAUCUAGCUUUGUACUUCAAGAAAAGGGGAGACUUCAAAACCUUGAUAGAUAAUGGAGACAUAAAGUUUGAAACAGAACCAACAAAGGAACUAUUGAGAGCCAUGAUGAUGACAGCCUGUGAUGUGGCUGCCAUCACAAAACCUUGGGAAAUCCAGAAAGAGGUGGCACAGCUUGUUGCCAAUGAAUUCUUUGAACAGGGAGACAUUGAGAAAGACAAAUUGGGUGAAAAGCCUAUUGCAAUGAUGGACAGGGAGAAGGUGGACGAAUUGCCGAAAAUGCAAGUUGGCUUUAUUGAUGCAAUCUGUAUUCCAGUUUACAAGAUGUUCGCCGAGAUGAAUAAGAAACUGGACCCUCUGUACAAAGGUGUAAUGAGUAAUAGAGACAACUGGCAGAAAAUGGCUGAUGAACAUGAACGUAAGAUGGCGGAAGGAAAGCAGGCAGAUCAUGAACCAGAAAAACCUGCACCAACCAACAAUUCCAGUCAGGAACAAAAAACACAAAAUGGAGGAGUGCGCAAAACCAGUACAAAUAACCAGCCAAAAAGGCAUGGAUCAAAUGUGAUAUCAAAAAAAACAGAGAUGAAGAGCUAUAAAAAGACCAAGAUUUGUUCUCUGAUGUGAUAAAGUUGUGCUACUCCUUUAUCUUGUGCUUUGAAUUUAUUGACCAUGGUCGAGAUUUGUUCAUGUGUCAUAUUUGUCUCCAAAAGUGGAAACAAACGAGAGAUGACUUGUGGACAUUUCUUGAUCUACCUUGUACAAUCAACGAUCUUCUGGCAGCUGGGUUAUGUUACAUGACAUCAAACCGUGCUAAAAUGACGGAGAUUUGGACAAGAGGACUAGAUAAAGUGUUGACUGGUGCAGGGGGAAAUUUGAACCUGGUCAUCAUCGUCAUCAUCUAUAUUUCUGCUGAUUUGUAUAUAUUCACUGUCAUUUUCAUUACAUGAUUAUAAAAUAUCAUAUGUAAAUAUACAUAUAUUAUAUAAGUAAAUUAUUCUGAAACCAUAUAUCACUGCAGUGUAUUGUAAAUAAAGUUUAGCAGCUUUAAGACGUGUAAUGGCAGUUUUUAUAGUUGUUAAAGAAAAGAACAAUGGCAAUUUUAAUUGUUGUUAAAGAAAAGACAAUUGCAAUUUUAAUUGUUGUUAAAGAAAAGGACAAUGGUAAUUUUAAUUGUUGUUAAAGAAAAGGACAAUGAUAAUUUUAAUUGUUGUUAAAGAAAAGACAAUGGCAAUUUUUAUUGUUGUUUAAGAAAAGGACAACACCAAUUUUAAUUGUUGUUCAAGAAAAGGACAAUGACAAUUUUAGUUGAUAUUAAAGAAAUGGACAAUGGUAAUUUUUAUAAUUGUUAAAGAAAAUGACAGCAAUUUCAUUGUUGUUAAAGGACAAAUAUAUAGAUGUUAUGUUUUUAAUUGGAAAUUAGAUAUUUCACUUAUUAUAUUGAAUGUAAUAGUCAUCAUCAGACAAUGCAUUUUUUUAUAUUUAUAAUUGAUCAAUGUUUGGACAUGUAAAAUCUGAACAUUUACUGAUAUAAAACACAUACAGUAUAACUUGAUAUUAACUAAGUAGAAUUUGUCAGUUUGCACUUUGAAUUGGCCUGUUUAUUCUAAAUGGAAUUUUAUCAAAACUAUCAUUUUAAAUCAUAGUUAAUCAAUGAUUUAAGAUACUUUCAUUUUCCACAAUUCUUUCUGAUGGUUUUCAUCAAAUCACUGAGCAUUUUCUAUAGACAUACCUUAUACUUAUAAAACGAUAAAAGCAGAGAUGUGACAAUGACAAAUGUUAAUCAAUUUUGGUUUCUUUUCCUUAGUGCAGAUGUACUGAAAGGGUACUAUGAAGUCAGUAAAAUGUUACCAAUGUUGCAUUUUUGUAUCAUCACUAGGCUUAGUGUUAUCUUUAUAUUUAAUAUAGCAAAUGAAAUCCUCGUCAACGACCGUGACAACAUCAAUAGUUUAAACUGCAUUUAAUCUACUUUAAUUAUAGUGAUAUACCAAGUUGUUUUUUUUUUUCGAUAAUAUGUGUACAUGUAAUGUGUUCUGAACUUAAUUGAUAUUCCCAUCAGACCCCCCUGAACAGGUAGAUAUUAGGCAUGUGUGGUUAAUUUUUUUAUAUUUUUUUUUUAUGUCGGGUGUCUUUUAAAAGGAUAUUCUGCACAAGAUGGAACAUUGUCUGCAACAAAAUAUCUUUACUGUGAUCAGUUUGAACAUGCACAGAAAUUGUGGGAAUAACUCUGGCCAAUAUAUAACAUUAGACCGCCUGUUAAUACUGUGCACUGUCCAAAGAGCAUUCUCAAAGAAUAAGGAUCUGGUUUUUAAACAGAUUAUUUGUAUCAAGGUUGACAUAUGGACACUUGAUUAUUUCAUUAUACAUUUGUUAAAAAAAAUAACUUUUUAUUCUCUAUAACCAACAGAUAUGAUGCUUUUGAAUAUAUACCAAAUGUACUUUUAAGACUUUUUAAACUCUGAACUUGUGCCAAACACUUCAUCCUGUGAUCUGAUAAAUAACACUCUAGGAUGUCCAGAAUUUCAACUCUCUUUGUUAGAUGGUUAAUGAUCACCAUAAUUGUUUAUAUUAAUGUCAUAUAGAAUAUACGGUCAGGUUCUUCUUGUGUGCUUUGUUUAUUCUCUGUCCAUUGUCAAACCCUUUAUUGAUUGACACUUUCUGCUAUUAAGUAAUUAACAUAUCUUAACCAAAUCUUAAGAUGGUAGGGUCCAUAGGAAUCAAAAAGGGCUCACCAUCUUUAAGGUCUGAUUUACAGCAGCUGGCUUGAAUUGCAACAAUUGCUUUUAAUUAAAGGGGCUCUGGGGGUCAGAUUUAAUGACUUCAAUAAAACUACAGAGCAGAUCUUUACUGAUAUAAUGUUCACUGGUUUACAGUGAUCAAAAGUUAUAUAGUAAAAUAGCUUUCCAUCCUCAUUGGGCUGGAAGGGGGAGGUGGGGAUACCAUGUAUACCAUUGUAGCAACAUAUAUCCUCCCAAACCGGAGAGCAGUUUUCAAAACUGGUAACAGAUUGGAUCAGAAGUUUUAUAAAGAGACUGACCCUUCUUGGUUCAAGAUUUCAAGAUUUAUUUAUUCAACUCGGGCACAAUCUUGUGCGCGACAAUUAACAAGAGGUGCUGCAGGGUGGAGUUAGUGGCAAAAUCUGCCAAACCACUUGUAAAUUUCAACCUAUAGCACAAAAACUCCAUUUCUAAAUUAGCCAGGUGAGGGAGUCCAGUCCUUACAUAGGACUGAUGUCGUAUAUAUUUAUAACAAUACAAAGUUACACAACUAUUGUAAUGGUUGUAUACAUCAUAACUAUGUAAAUAACAUCCAUACAACUCCAUAAAUAGUUGUUCUCAUGCAUAAGAUAUCUUAGUUAUAUAAGUUAUGUUAGACAAGACCAGACCAUACAUAUAUCUAUUGUAUACACCUGGUGAGAUGAUAUGUAGCUGUUUGAUAUACAGCUGUAUAUAACUGUUGUAACACACUCUAUUUAAAAGCCUGCGAGUUCUAGUAUGCUAUAAUAUCUGUUUAUUGUUGUGAUAUUGUGUGAUAGAAAACUCUGUCUCAGACUGUUCCUUGUUAACGUUAUAAGUUCUUAAGCUGGAAUGGAAUAAAAUUAUUAUUUAUUA